GCGCCAUCACGGUAGGUUGAGCCCGCCGAGGUUCCACAGAAGAUUAUCUGACAGGUGAGACCAGCGUCCGGAGGCUGUUUCACUUUCACAUCUCCGGCUUCUCGCGGUUCUUUUUUUUUUGUCUCCUGGAGCACUACUCUCUGUGAGCCUGGGGUUGCCACAGUCAAAAAACAACCUCUCGAAGUCUAAUCACUCCGGCAGCAUGAGCAAAAAGAAAAAGGACUGGAAGACUGAGAGAGAGAGACUGCUCCGUCUGGAUCAGGAGGAGAGACGCAAGGAGUAUCGUCGUCAAGAUUAUACAUCUCUGGACAAGAUUCCAUCCUGGAGAGAGGAGAACACAGCCGAUGACAAGGAUGAAGGAAAGGAGCCGACGGGUGGAGGAGGGCUGAGUGAUAAAGUAUCUCUCUAUAAAGGAGACAUCACCGGCCUGGAGUUGGACGCCAUCGUCAAUGCUGCAAACUCCGGUCUUCUGGGAGGAGGGGGAGUCGACGGCUGCAUACACAAAGCGGCGGGGUCCUGUCUGUAUGAUGAGUGCCACUCACUAAAUGGCUGUGACACCGGCAAGGCCAAGAUCACCUGUGGAUAUGAUCUGCCGGCAAGAUAUGUGAUCCACACUGUGGGCCCGGUGGCCAGAGGUCAUGUGGGCCCAACCGAGACCAAUGACCUCACCUCCUGCUACCAGAACUCCCUCAGGCUGAUGAAGGAGCACAACCUGAGCACUGUGGCCUUCCCAUGUAUAUCCACAGGCAUCUAUGGAUUUCCCAACGAGCCGGCAGCUGAAAUCGCUCUGAACACAGUAAAAAGCUGGAUUGAAGAGAAUCCUGAUAAGAUUACACAGGUCAUUUUCUGCGUCUUCCUCGAGACCGACUUCAACAUCUACAAGAAGAAAAUGUCCGUCAUGUUCCAAGACAAUGACAUGGAGGUUACCGAGGAGCAGCUGAAGGGAGAUACCACACCGCCGUCUACAAAAUCUGCAACCAAGGAGGAAAGUGAAGAGGGCAACAGAGGUAUUGUGGAACCAGGUGAUGAAGAAGAGGGUGACAAUGAUGCUGCAGGAAAAGAAGACGUAGAGAUGGCGAGUCAAAAUCCAGAUGAUGCAGGAAAGGAAGACGUAGAGAUGGCGAGUCAGAAUCCAGAUGAAGAUUUAGGAAACGAGGAGGAAAAUCAAGAGAAGACCACAGAGCAAAUUGAAACCCAAGAGAAGGAGGUUGUGGACAUUCACAGCAACAAAGCUGAAGACAAAGGCAUCGAGAAAGAAAAAGGAGACAAAGAGGAAGAGCAACCUGCUGCAAAGAUGGAAGACGGCGACACAGCCAAGUCCACUGUGGAUAUAGAAGAUGGCCCUGAGAUCAAUGACACUGGCACCAGCAAUGGAGAGGGGAUGAAAGAUCCCGUUGAGAGCUCAGAAGAACCCGAUUCAAUUCCAACUGACAGCAAUCAGUCCAAAGACACUGUUGAGAAGAAGGAAUGACCUGCUGAGGAACGGACAAUCAACCUCAUCUGACAGCCAGCAAACUGUGCGGAGGCCAACCACUCUGGUGUCAGACCGGCCCAUGUCAGGGGCGGCUCUGACACUGGCCCCAGGGCAACCAGUUACUCACAAGAUGCUCACAUUCCCAACUUUAUUUCGCUUUUCUCCCCCUUCUUUAAGAAACUACUCACCCCUGAAGUAUGUAUGUACUGUAUGUAUAUGUAUGUAUGUAUGAAUACAACCUUACUAUAACAACUUGAACAUAUCAACCAGAAAAGAUGAGCCAUACCUCACUGUGUGUUACAAUCAUACAUCAUUUCCAAGGCUGGGUGUGAUGAGAUAAACCGGGUUAGCUUCUCUAUUUUUUUUUUCACUUUUAAAUGUAAACCCACUGUGAGAGCAUGGCGAAGCUGUCAGAGGACAACAGACACAGCUCCUACCUGUCCACACUCCCCCCCCUCUGUUUGUUCUUGACACCCAACGGUGACACCUGCCCGCCUCUCGUGAGCCCCUUUCGAGUGCGACACACUGACACCUGCCGUGUCUCCUCGCACGCUCCUGCACGUCCAGCUCCAUUGUUUAGUCAAAUCCACCGAUACCUUUGUUCAAUAGGGCGACGUGCCGCCUCCCCAGGCCUUUCAUCUACCAACAUCUCUGACAAUGUCUUAUCUCCACCGCUGCUGUAACUGCAGCUUAACUCGUUUUUACCAGGAAACUCUUCAUCAGCGCCCACGCACACUUAAAGAGGAUGUGAGUGUCUUUUAACAAAUCGAUUACGCCCUCCCCCCCACUCCCCCUCUCUCUCUCUCUAAGCCAUUUGCAGUGCAUGCCAGAAAAUUGCUUUGAACUUCCCCAACAUAAACAGGAUUUACUGUCCUCUUCGCUUUCGCUUGUCUCCUUACCAGAUUGUCUAUAAUUGUAUCGAAGGAAAUUUGCCUUAUUUCAUAUCAAGCGACAAAAUCACAAUCACAGACCUAAAGAGGUGGUCAAAGUAUGAAUUCUUGGUUGUGCAUUGCUUGCUGAUGAUUUGUAAUUUUAAGUUCGUCAUGUAAUGGCUAAUACCUGUUGUUGCUUUUAUCGUUUAUUCCUUCAGUUGAUUUAAAAAGAAAAAUUGUUUUGGGUUUCUUUUCAGUGUCGGUAUAAUUCAUGAAUUCUUUUCAGUGGUGCCAUAAAACAGAUGAGAUGGAUUUAAAGUUCUAUGGAAUGAUGCCUUCAUACUUUGAUGUUUGCUUUGCUAAGCUAUAACAGAAACAACUAAUAAAGUUUAAGUUGGAAGCCACGUCUCAGCUUUAAA